AUGCCAGAAACUGGCUACUUCACGUCCUCCGGCGGCGCCCCCCAUUACUUUACAGUUGUCCCCGGCCGUGACCUUUUCGUGCUACAGCCAGACCUCUUGAGCGGCAUUGAUAGGGAUUGGGGUUACCUGGAAAUACCUGUCGGGUUGACAAAAAGGGUCAGGCACAUCGCGAUAGAAUAUAAUCCCGAAUGGGGUUCCAAACUGAACCAGCCAAGACAACACGAAGAAGUCUGGAGGAUGGUGCAAGCACUGCGUUCAUUCGCCCGCAAUGCCUAUGGAAACUCCAGACUAUGGUUCAUCGAUCACAGCCUAAAACGAAAAGAGGACGCUCCUGUCUUCAAAGAAGUCCCAAGUGGCUAUUCCACAAACGCAUUCUACGCUAGCGAUAGAAAAUUCCUCGAGGUUGAAUGCGGCUCUAGAGACCUAAAUCUGGGCCACUGGCAGUACACCCGACAAGUGGAAGAGGGAAUCUUUGAUGACGACUCUUCAGCUUCUUUCCUCUCUUUAUUACGCGGAAGGGUCAACUGUCACAAGGACCACACUUAA